AUGCUCAUAAGCAAUGAUUCAUUAUACCUUUAUAAUCUAACAUUGAAACCACCUACCGAUUAUAUAUACUCAAUCGUUGGAAAUUUCAUACCAAAUACCAAACAACAACAAUUAAUAUUAGUUUCAUCAACUUAUAUAUCAUUAUACAUUUCAAAUUCAGAAACAGGUAAAUUAGAAUUACAAUUUAAUCAAAAUUUAUUCAGUUGUAUCAAUGCCGUAUCCAAAAUAUUAUACAAAGAACAUGAUGUACUAGUCGUAACUGGAGAUUCGGGGAAUUUAUCAAUUUUAGAGUACGACAACAAGCAUAAAAAUUCAUUUAAAUCAAUAUGCAUUUUACCAAUGUGUAAAAAUGGUUGGAGUAAAGCUUAUCCAGGAGAAUAUUUGGCCGUAGAUCAAUAUAAUAGAUGCAUAUUGGUAAGUGCAAUGGAAAAUAAAAAAUUACUUUAUAAAUUUGAUGAUAAUGAAUUAUUAAGUUCACCAUUAGAACAUCAAAAUAAAAAUAUAGUAACUUUACAAACUAUAAGUUUAUAUAAUAAUUUUGAAAAUCCUUUAUUUGUAUGUUUGGAAUUUGAUACUGAUAAAAAUCAAACUUUAAUAAAUUAUUAUGAAUUUGAUAGAAGUUUAAAUUAUUUAACUAAAAGGAAACAUAUAAUUUUAUCAGAUGAAUUUAAUCAUUUAAUUCCAGUACCCGACCCAAUAGGUGGAGUAAUAGUUUGUGGUAUAAACAAAAUCAAAUAUUUUGGGAAAGAUCAAAAUGAAAUUAUUAUACCAUUAUUUACAAGAUUAAAUCAAAAUUCAUCCAUAAUUAAUCAUGUAAUCCACAUCCUUAAAAAGAAAAAUCUUGGUUUCUUUAUACUACUACAAAAUGAAUUUGGGGAUUUGUUAAGACUAACAAUCGAGUAUGAUCAUGAUACAGAAAUUAUAAAGGAUAUAACUGUAACUUAUUUUGAUACAAUACCAGUAAGUAUAUCACUAAACAUUUUCAAAAAUGGCUUUUUAUUUGCAAAUUGUCUUAAUUCGGAUCAAAAGUUUUAUCAAUUUGAAAAUUUAGGAGAUAAAUUGAAAGACGAUGAAUUGAUUAUAAAAAGUUCUACAUUGAAAGGAGAUGAUAAAUUUGUACUAAACUUGAAAAAAGUAGAAAAUUUAGAGUUAAUUGAUACGUUAGAAUCAUUAAGUCCAAUAUUUGACUCAAAUUUAGUUGAUGAUAAAUUAAUCACAUUAUCAACAAAAUCAAAAUUAAAAAAUCUACAGCAUGGAAUAUCUACUUCAAUCCUUGUUGAAUCUCCAUUACCAAUAUUACCUACAAAAGUUUUUACAUCAAAAUUAACAAAAAAUUCUCCAAAUGAUGACUAUUUAGUUAUAACGUCUACACUUGCAUCAAAGACGUUAGUACUUUCAAUAGGUGAAGUAAUAGAAGAUGUUACAGAUUCAAAAUUUAUUUUGGAUCAACCAACAAUUGCAGUUCAACAAAUUGGGUCACAAUCUAUAGUACAAGUAUAUCUUAAUGGUAUAAGACACAUUAAAAACAAAAAAAUAACUGAUUGGUAUCCACCAGCUGGUAUAACAAUUACGAAUGCAUCUACAAAUAAUCAACAAAUUUUAAUAAGUUUAUCAAAUUCAGAAAUUGUAUAUUUUGAAACUGAUUUAGAUGAUCAAUUAAUUGAAUAUCAAGAAAGAUUAGAAAUUUCAUCAUCAAUUUUAAGUUUAUGUAUACUGAAAAAUGAACAUACAUCAUUUGCAGUAAUUGGAUGUUCAGAUGAAACUAUUCAAGUCAUAUCAUUACAACAACAUAAUUGUUUAACUGUAAAAUAUUUACAAGCAUUAUCUUCUAAUGCUCAAUCUUUAAUUAUGUCAACCACAAAUCAAAAUUCAUAUAUUCAUAUUGGAAUGGAAAAUGGUGUUUAUGUAAGAACUAAAAUUGAUAAAUAUAAUGGGAAAUUAUCAGAUACAAGAAUUAAAUAUCUUGGUACAAAACCAGUUCAAUUACAAGAGAUUAAAAUAAAUGAACAAAUAAAUGGAGUAUCAGCAAUUACAUCGAAACCUUGGAUAUGUUAUCAACAUCAAAAUAAAUUCAAACUAACUCCUUUAUUAAAUAUUGAUAUAAUAAAUGGUACAUCUUUUACAUCAGAAGAAAUUGGAGGAGAUGCAUUAAUAGGUAUUAAUUCAAAAAAUUUAAUGAUUUAUUCAUUAGGAGAUGAAGAUCAUCCAUUUGAUCCAAAUCAAGAUUUAACUACAACUGAAUUAAAAUUAAGAUAUAUGCCUAGACAAAUUUUGGAAUUUGAAAAUUUUACACUUGUUAGUGAAGUUGAAAGGGGAAUUGAAUCUCCAUAUAAGACUAACUUAACAAAAGAUGUUAAAAACAAUGGAAUUGAUGAGGAGCAAUUAGAACUGUUUGGCUAUAACCGAGGUGACAUUUAUGCUUCAUGUGUACAAGUUAUAACAAAUGAUGAAAUUAUUCAAACUUUAGAAUUUCCAAAAAAUACAAAGAUCUUAGGAAUUACAAAAGUUUUAUUUCAAAAAUUAUAUCUUAUAAUUGCAGUCAAUAUAGGUGAUGAAAAUUUAAUUUAUACUUUCAGAUUAGAUAAAAGAAAUCAAUUCCAAUAUGUACAUAAAACUCAAUUAAAUUAUUACCCCACAGUUAUAGAUUCAUUUGAAAAUAAAUUAAUAAUUGGAUCAGGUUCAAGUAUAUCAUUAUAUGAAUUAGGACAAAAGCAAUUACUUCGAAAAUCAUUAACUAAAAUUCCAUUUAUUUCAAAAAUUAAUAAAUUAAUAAUUUCAGUAAAUCAAAGAAUUUUAAUAUCUGAUUUAUCUAAUUCUUUAAUGUUAUUAAAAUUUGAUACUGACCAAAAUAAAUUUUUACCAAUUAUGGAUGAUAUAAUCAAAAGACAAGUUAUAUCAUUAAAACAAUUAGAUUAUGAUACAUUUAUAGGUAAUGAUAAAUUUGGUAAUUUAUUUGUAUCAAGAAUUCAAUCAGAAAUAUCAAAUGAAAUUGAUAAAAACUGGUCUUUAUUAAAAAAUAAAAUUCAUAAUAACGUUUUAAAUUCAUGUAUUUAUAAAUUUCAAAAUUUAUGUGAUUUUUAUAUAGCUGAUAUUAUAACAUCUUUCCAAAUUGGAAAUUUCAAUAAUGGAGUUGAAAAAUCAAUAAUAUAUACUGGAAUUUCAGGUAAAAUAGGAAUAUUCAUCCCAUUAAUCUUUAAAACUGAAAUUGAAUUAUUUAAUAAUUUACAAAUGGAAUUAAGAAAAUUAGAUAAUAAUAACGUAAUAAAAAAAGAUCAUUUAAAAUUUAGAAGUUAUUAUAAUCCAAUAAAAAAUAUAAUAGAUGGUGAUUUAAUUGAAAUUUUUAGUAAUUUAUCAACUAGUGAUAAAUUAAAAAUAUCUUCAAAUUUAAAAAAAUCAAUUAAUGAAAUUGAUAAAAAGAUAUGGGAAAUUAGAAAUAGAUCAAGUUUUUAA